AUUGACAGGUGAUUUUUAAAAGGGCGUGGAUGACCUAGGUUUUCUCAUCUUGUUUAUUGUAUUUCGGUUUCGACGUAGGUAGGAUAACGAAUUUUGCUAACAAUAUGAAGGUAACUCUCGUUUGACUCACUGUGCAUGUCCAACAAAUCAGUGAUAUACACCUCUUGAAGCCUGUUCUUUGCUUUGAACUCGAAUGCAUCUAUAUAUUGGUUAAAUCAUGAAUUAUGAAAAUACCCCAAAAUAUGAAGAUCAAUGGGCAAACUUUAUACAGUCAUUAGACGUUGACCCUGAUAAAGCCAAGGGUAUUGAACAGCUGCCCGAUGAUCAGAAACGUCAAUUAUUGGAAAAUUAUGCUGUAAAAAAUCCAAAGUUUUCCGCUUUUCAUUAUGUUAGCCUGAUUAAAGGCUUGCGUGUCGGGCGGUCAACAUUGACAAAGAAUCCACGUAAAGGUGAUGCACAGCAAGCAAAAGAAAUUCUUUUAGCUACAGAAAUAUCAUUGCGAACAAACAAUGUAGCUUGGGUUUAUGAUUUUCUCGAUCAAGACGGUUUGGAAGCAUUAGUGAAUUAUGUAUCUAGAGUAAUACACAUGGUUAUGAGAACUGAUUUCCGCCCUACCGUGGAUGCCAUUCAACAACAACGUUCUGCUCUUCUAGGUUCAUUUAGCUCGGAUCAAGCAGUUUCUAUAACUGAUCUGUGCGAUAAUAUUAAUGAAAGUGAUAAAGUUGGAUCUGGUUUAUGGUGCUCUAGUUUAAGGAAAAAAAAACAUGAUCGCAUUUCUUUUUCGCCUGUUCAUGUCCGACACAUAUCUGAUUCAAUCAGGGAUAGUCUUCAUCAAGGUGUCAGAUGCUUUCGUGCAUUACUUAAUAAUCAGCGUGGUUGUUCAAUGGUAUUUGAGCAUCCUCAUGCCGUGAAUGUUAUUGCUCUGUGUCUCCUGCAUCCAAGUUACCAAACAAAAACCUUAGUACUUGAACUUUUAACUGUUGUCUGCUUAAUCACUGGUGGACAUGAACGCGUAUUAAAUGCAUUUGAUAAUUUUAAAAAGGAAGUUGGGGAGUCUACACGUUUUGAAUAUUUAAUACAUUAUUUUUUCACACAUGAAUCUGAAUCUCCAGAUUAUAAUAUGGAUUUUAUGGUAUCGUGUAUGCAGUUUUUCAAUAUAGUUGUACAUUCAACAGAUGAUAUAAUGUUAAGAGUAUAUUUACAAGAAGAAUUUAAACAUCUUGGAUUAGUUAAUUAUUUAUUGAGAAUAUACAAUCAAUCCGGUGAUCGUCUUCUACGUCAAAUAGAAGCAUAUAAUGAUAAUGAAGUGGAUGUUGCAGUGUUAUUAGAAGAUUCACAAAUGCGUGAUGUGUUACAACAAGAGAAAGAACAAGCAGAAUCAGAUCUGAUCAUUUUACAAACUCGUACAGCAACAAUCCAAGCAGAAUAUGAAAAUAAAUUAUUAGAGCUUCAACAAAAAAUACAAGCUUUGGAAAUAAAAAAUCAAGAUUUAGAGAAUCAGCGCACUAAUCAAGAUGGUCAACUGUCUACACUACGUGCUCAACUAUUGGAUAAAGAUAAAAGCACAACAGAACGUGAGCGUAAUUUGCAACAACGACUACGUGAACUAGAAGAUACUUUGAAUACAGUUAAAAAUUCACAGUCGAAAUCACAAAUACAAGUGAAUGGGAUAGUUGGUAACUCUACCGAAUCGAUAAACACAACAAGUGGUGUUAUUACUGCUGGUGCUAAUGCUUCACCACCGCCACCUCCUCCUCCCCCUCCGCCACCACCCCCUCCUCCCCCGCCACCCCCACCACCAUCUGCAGGUGGUAUACCACCACCACCUCCUCCCCAACCGGGAAUGGGUGCAAUGGUGCCUGGUGCAGAAGGUGUUUCCAUACGACCGCCCAUACAAACUCGAUACAAAUUGCCAUUAGUUAAUUGGGUCCUGUUGAAAAAUCAACAACUUCGUGGUACAAUAUUUGUUGGCAUGAAUGAUGAAGCUGUUUUGGAUGCAUUGGAUACUGAAAGAUUUGAAAAUCUUUUCAAAUUGUCUAAUCAAUCAGUGAAUAAUAGUAAUAAAUCGGGUGUAAAUAAUCAGGUAAAUGGAUUAGAUCAGAAAGACAGUCGAAUAAGUAAAAAAGUUGAGAAAAAAUCUUUAAUGGAUUCAAAUAGACAUCGUUGUAUUGGCGUUUUAUUACGUUAUUUGGAAUCUGAAAAAUAUACACCAGAACGUUUAUGGAAUGAUAUUAAUCGUUUAGAACUAGGUCAAGAUGUAACAGAUCGUAUAUAUCAUCAAUUGCCAACAGCUGAUGAAGUGAAAACGUAUUUAAAUUAUGAAUUCACUGAACAACGAUCUAUUGAUGAUUUAACGGAUGAAGAUCGUCUUUUACUACAUUUAUGCAAAGUUGAACGUUUAGGACCUAGAUUAGAAAUUAUUUUAUUCAUGAAUUCAUUUGAAGAUAAUUUGAAUAUAGUGAAUUCGAAAAUUAUUGCUGUAAGAUCCGCUUCGUUAGCAUUGAAAAACAGUUGUAAAUUUAGAGCUAUCUUAGAAAUUAUAUUAGCUUUUGGCAAUUAUAUGAAUAGUUCCAGACGUGGUAUUGCCUACGGUUUUCGUUUACAGAGUUUAGAUGCUUUAUCCGACACACGGACUUUGGAUAAAUCGUGGACUCUGCUUCACUUCAUAGUUGAAACAAUUGAAACCCAAUUUCCUGCCCUAGUUAAUUUUGACGAUGAAUUGACUGGUGUUGUAGAAGCUGCAAAGGUUCCAACGGAAGCUUUAACAAAUGAUGUAGCAGCAUUAGUUUCUGGUAUGUCACAAGCUGAUAAAGAGACAAUUAUUUUUGGUUCAUUGAAAACACCACAACGCUUAUCAGAUUUUGUAUUGAAUAAUAAAUCUAAAGUGGAAUCUAUUGAAAAGCAAGCAGAGACUGCACGUAAUAUGUUUGCUAGAACAAUUGAAUGGUUUGGUGAAGCGCAAAUUAAACCUAGUCCAGAACAAUUUUUCAGUUUAAUUGUUCGAUUUAUUAAGAAUUUCAAAAAUGCAAUAGUCGACAACGAAGCACGACGUCGUGUUGAAGCCCUUCAAAGUUUAAAUUCUGUAACCGGUGAUGAUAAUGGGCCAUUAUCAUCAAUCAAUCAAAUUUCAAUCAACCAUAUUCCAAAAAGACCAAAAGAUGAUGUUCCUGUUUCGGAGUUACAGAGAAACAAAUUUAAUCUCUUUUAAAGUUAUCUAAAUUUACUAAUGAGGUAAUUUUGUGUACUACUAAUUUAGCUCUCCAAUUCUUCAUUGCAUCAUCCUUCUUUUGUUAUUGUUUUCGGUGAAUUAAAUAUUGUGCGUUGAAUAAUUUUCCAUAUAAAUGAUCAGAAAUGUACUGUAAUCUAAACUAUUUAGUUGAGCAGUAAUUGUCGUCUAGUUGAAUUCACAAAAUAUACAAAUUGAUUACUAUAAACAGAUAACUUUUUAAAUUGUUCCAUAUCACUCUUAAUUAUGAAUUGUAAAUAUGUGUCUGCCAUUUGUUUAUUGGAUCGCAUCAUUUGAAUUCGUGUUCUGCUUAACUACUGUUGUCUCUGUGUAUUAUGUUUACUGCUUUAAUUCUGUUAUCUGAAUUUGAUCAUACGUAGAUGUCUUUUUUCUGUUAACGCGUCAGCUGUAGACUCAUGUGGUUGUCUCUCAGUCAUACUAGAAGUGUGUGAGUUAGUGAUACUACUCCGAGUCACUAAACUGAAGUAGGUGUAGCAGGGUUCAAACGUAUGAUUUCGUGUCUGAAAGUCAAACAUCCUAACCACUAAGUCACUUUUUAUUUGAAAUACUCUUAUUGAGUGCUGUCAGAUUACCUGUUUAAAGUCCGCGUUAUUACCUUAACCAAUGGUUACAGACUUUGGAUGACAUGGCAACGAAUUGUUCUCAAUGGCACAGAUCCAUUCACACUGUGCUUUCUCUUAAAUCCUGAACCCCAUAUUUCUCCAUAACUUUUCCACUACUAACGAUACUGUCAAUACUUCUGCUUCUUUGGGAUUUGCCUUAGUAAUGUUGUUGUGGUAAUGUCAUGUAGCGACCUGGGCCGACGCACAUAUAUGCCACGUUCUACAUUAUAUUUAACUGACUGAUACGAAGUGCUUGUGUUGGCGACUUGCCCAAAACUGUCUUGGAUAAACUCAAAGAAUAUCCUAGAAAGUACGUGAAAUGUUUCUUCAUAAUAUGUUUUACAGUCAGGAAAACUUCCUUGUUCUUCGCUUAGUUGGUUAUUGAACAUUUUUAACUUUUUGUAAUUUUCAUGCUUUCUAUAUCAUGGACUGAUCAAUGUUAAACCACCAUUGAAAACCUAGAAGCAUUGGAUAAUUAUUUCAAUCUAGUAGGGUACUCCUCAACAGUGCUCAUCCACGACACCACAUCCAGGAUUCGUACCCAACACCUUAAGUAUCACGCGCGAACACAGCCUCUAGAAUACUGAGCUGCGAUUGAAUGAUGUAUAUAUAUACCUUUAAUCAAUUAACGAUAUUUUUCCACCAUCUCUUGACUGUGAUGUAUAACUAUUUCAUAACUGAUUUGAUUGUACUGUACUGAUCACUGCUUCCCUUUGUAAUCUGUAAACUUUUUUUGCCAAUAAAGACAAAUCAAUAAUUGUAAAAUAGUUUUCAAGUGCUAUUAGGUGUUUCGCAAAUAUUUUCAGUGUUGUAUUUCAUAUUUUCAAUUUUUUAAACGGUCCACUGGGUGGUUGAAAUUAUCAAUAAUUUGUCGAUUAUGUUCUUGUAUUUUACCUAUAAUAAUUUCAUUAAUGUUUUUGUAUUCUUCACAAUGGAGCGUUUUUCCGUCUUUUUUUACAAAGACUACUUAUUACUCAAACUAUUUUUCUCUUUUGGUAACAGAACAAUCUUUAAUUUUCGGGAUCAUUUAAUGGUAGAUUACACGGUGAUCAGAUUAUAUUGACUAACUUGAAGGUAAUUGUUUCUACAACUAUUACUAUCGACCUAAUAUCGAUAAAACCACUGCUGACAAUGUAGCAAAGUAGGGUUUUUUUAUAAACAAUAUUACUUAUUUAAUGAGUGAGGUUGAUUAUUCUAGGCCAAACUUUACUAAGUAACUUGUUUAUGUUUCGUUCUGUUCAUGCACAUAAAAUGACUAUGGGGCUUAUUUCAAUUAUGGAAGCUUAAUUCCUACACUCAGUGUACCUCAAUGGUAACGUAUUUGAAAGUGACACUAGUCGUAAUCAUCACUUCUCUCUAAUUAAUAGGCAUGCCUAUACUCCGAUAUGUUAAAACUAUUAUACGUCAGUAUAUCAAUCGAAUACUUCCAGUACUGUGUUAUUUGUUCACUGUUUCGGUUUUUAUGGUGAACUUUUUUGGAUUUCUCCUCUUCAUGAUUAUCCUUUUCAGUAUAAUCUGUUCUAGGCAGUUCUGUAUGAUAUUUUCGUACUUUUGCAAAAAUUUAUAUAUUUGACACCAACUUACUAUACUAUGUGUAACUGAUGUUUUUUUAUUACGGUUACUUGAUUUGCACAAGACCACACAUAACUUUGUAUUCAAAUGCGUAAGAAUAUUGAUUCAACUGUGUUGUGAAAUUUAGUUGAGAGGAUUACUAUAUCCAUUUGUUUAAGAGCGAAUUUGGUUAAUCGUUGUAUGCUUUUCACUUCUAGUUCUGUUUACAUCACAAAAACAUACCCUACCUGUGUCAACGUUUUUUAAAAUUUCGUUUCAGCUACUCGUUUUGUAAAUCAGUUAUUCUUCCUAUCAAAACACCUCUAGGCUUGACUGUAUAUUUUAUUUGAAUAUAUAUUAAAUGUACUGCAUAAUAGUGAUCUUUCAAGGACAUAUAUGUAUACACUGUUAUCAAUUAAAUAUAAGCCACAGUGUUAGAUCAAUUGCAAGCACAACUCUGUUGAUGUAUAUCAUGUUGUACGAGUACUGAAGUUACUGUUAAUUUCCCUACACCAAGUCAUUCUCAGUUCAUUCAACCAUAAAACUCCAUAUUCGAAGGCUAAAAGCUCCAAACUAACUAGUAUUUCCUUUCUUUAUUGUUUUACAUUAAACAUUACCAAGUAUUUCCUUAGACUAAAUUUGGUACAUGAUAAGUGAGACUACCAGUGAUCUCAACCGUAGUAGUGUUUCUACUCCACCCAGUUACAUUCCUUAAUUCUAGUUAAUACGGCUUAUUAUGAAAAGUCUAAUACACUUCAUACAAUCCAGUGUUAUAUUUUCACCAAAUUUACUUAUGACAACAUAGAAUAAUCCAUAUGGAUACUUAUUUUACACAUCUUAUCGACCUGUUUUACUGUUUAACGAAUUUCAGUAUAUUUUGCAAUGCAAUUUCAAUUCAUCCAGUAUGUUAGGUGAUUGCUUCAAAUAUUUAAGAGCUGGAUCUUCAUUUUACUAUCGUUUUUCUUAUAAGAACACUUUUUGAUUUUAAAACAAUAAUUUAUUGGUGUUAAAAUAUGAAGAUUCACCUUAAUUUUAUCGAACUGAACACAUUUGCUAAUAAACUGAGUUUUUGUAGUCUGUCCAAAUGAUUUCGAUAAAUAUACAAGUUUGGUUCAUUUGGUUAUUUUGAAGUUCGCAACUAUUCGAUCUCGUUUACGUGGUGAAUUUAAUUAGUGACUUUCAGCCUACUAGUAAGUAGUAUGAUUUUAUCACUCACAUUUGUCUUCGUACUUCAAUAUGACUUUUUAUAGAAUUAGAUGUAAUCACUUCCUUCAUUUUUAUCACAGUAAGUUGGUUUCCUGAUUCGCGCUCAUAAUUAAUGCUUUUAAAUCAAAUGAUUGUUUUUGCCUUGAAAAGAUUGUUCUUCACAUUUUUUCUGUGUGGAAUCAGAAAUUUUUUCUCUGCUUUGUAGCACUUGAGUGCGACUGUUUAUUCUUCUUAUUUUAGAAGCGUUUGGCACAAGAAGCUCGGUUGGCUAAACGACGAUUUAAAAAUCGUACUAGACAGAUUACAGGAGAUGGAAUGAUGGAUGAAAUUCUAGCAGGUCUAAUAUCGGAACCAUUGCAAGCUGAGGUUCAUCCACAUCGCAAUCGUUUAUCUGAAAAUAAUAAUUGAAAAGUUUUCUUCUUAAUUUCUGUCCAUAAAUCAAACAAUUGUCCACACACACACACACACUACACACCUAUUAGCUUGUUGUGUACGCCCAAAUCAAUCAGUUAACUUGUCUUUUUGCUUGUUCAUUACAUUUUGAUUUGUUCUUUUUUUCUUCCUUGUAAUUCACGUUAGUUUGUUCAUUGUGACUUGGUGUUUUUUAUUGUUUGUGAUGACUAGUCAACUGACAGAUCUACAUACAUAUGUGUAGUCUUCUGUUUUGAUUGUGCUUCAAUUAAUUUAUAUAUAAAUAUUAAGAUCUUAUCUAAAUGAUCAUUAUCAUUUUCUUCUCUGUAUCCAGUUCAUUUAACUCACCAUUGAUCUGUUGUUUGCAAGUUGGAGAGAUUGACACAUUGAAACAUAUUGUUUUGUAAUGUUCAUUUGAAGUACAGUGUUUAUUUUUUUUAAAAAUUAGUCAUUUCAAACCUGUUUUUUUGAAGAAAAAUCUAGCUGGUUUGCAACAAUACUUUUGUUUUGCUCUAUUAUGUUCGAAUGUAUCGUUGUCGGUAUUAAUUAGUGUUAUGUGUUGUUUUUGUGUUAAUAUCCACACUGUUUUUAUUUGAUGAUAUUCGAGUGUUUGUUAUGUGUUUGUAUUAUCACUGUAACACAAAUUCCACUUCUUUCUAAGUUGCCUUUCUAUUAAUUUACUUGGUAAAACUCGUUGUUAUUGCUUUCUUUUGUCAUAUUUCUCUACUGAUUAUUAUCUACAGUUUAUUCUACUUAGAUAUUAUUACUAAUGAUGGUUUCUUUAUCUAUGAAAGAAAAAAACAUUCUUUUCUGUUCAAUUUUAAAUCUAGUCACAUUUUUAGAUGAUUAUAUCAUAAACUACAUGUCUCUUCAUCUCUCUCUUACUCCUUAUUUGUUUACUGCCUUACUUGUCUUCUCGACUCCGAAAAGGUUUUUUAUACUUAGGAAGAGGAAAAAAUAAACGAUGAUCUCCCGGUUAACCUAAUUUCUGGUUUUUUUUUUAAUUAUUAAAACAAAACCUUUUCAAAUGAACACAUAUAUAUAAUAUCUGUAUAAUAAUUAUUAAUUGUAUUUUUACACUGAGUUCAAGUAUACUAUUCUCUUUCUUUACUUACCUAAUUAAUAUUCUUUUUAACUAAUUUAGUCAGUUGUAUUCUAUAUUGUUGUAGUUGUUGCAAUCAUAUUGCCUCUUGUAUGUUUUGUUAAAGUUGACAUGUAUUUGUACACAUAUUUAUUAAUUCGUUGAAAUAACAAUCAAAUAUUCUUUUAUUGUAUUAUGAUUUUCGAAUUAUAAUUUUCUUUUGUAUAUCUUCCUCUUUACUUACUUUUUGGUAGAUUUAUUCAUAGAAUGUGUUAAUCAGGGGAGGUUUUAUUUCCAAAAUGAAUUGAUACACUUAAAUUCUCUUCUUCAAAAUUGAAUACAUUGGUCGUCUACAAAAAUUUAACUUUUCUUUUCUUGUAUAAGUUAUUUCACAUUCAUCUUUCAUAAUUAUUUAUCACUUAUAACUGCCUAUGAAUGUUGAUGUGCUUCGCUUUGAUUUGUUGAUUGCAUAAUUGUGACAAUAAUGAACGGUAAGAAAAUGGUUAUACUGAUAUUGUUGUAAAUUCACUGGACAUAGUACUAUGUGUUUUGUUGAAAUAUUUUAUUCAUUUUUUUUAUACCAAGAAUAUUCCUCAUUUUGUAAUUGAACUUUGUAUUGAAACUAUUGCUUACGUUCAUCUUGGUUUACUGUUUAAUUUUUUUAAAAAUUUCCUUACUAUUCGUUUAUAAAUCUGUAUAAAAUAUUUACGUGUUAAUUUUGGGUUAUAAUUUAUAUAUAUAUAAUAUCGUAUCAGGUUUUUGUCUUAUCCAGCUGAUCGGAGCUAUUACAUUCUUCAGAUAAGGAGUCAAUACAUAUUAUUCAUUCUAUUCUAAGAGAUAAUUCUGUUAGAUAUUUGAAACUGUACACAGUUAAUGACAUGAUCAUUUUCCUUGUGUACUCAAGGGUAAGUUUGUACUUUUGCUAUAAUCCUUCAGAAUCCAGUGAUUUAACUAGUGAUCCACAACCCAUAAAACGACUUUUUUUAAUAUCAAGCAUUGAAAAACUAAAAAAUUAGUAGUAUAUCCUAG